AUGAUUUUAGCAACUGUAAGUUGUCCUACUGGCUACUCUGCAACACAAACUGCAAAGUGUGUCGAUAUACUAAGUAAUCUUUAUAAUUGUGGAUCAGUUGGCUUUGUCUGUUCAUCAAAAUAUAGAAUAUGUUCAGCUGGUGUAUGUAAGACAGCACCUACUAUACAACUUAGUGGAGCAACUGCUAUACCUGCCUGGGUUGGUACAACUAUCGACGAUGAUAUACAGCAAGUUAGCCUUCCAGUGAAUGUUACACUCUAUAAUUAUAGUACUAGUUUAGUUACUGUAUCAAGUAAUGGGCUUCUCUGCCUUGGUUAUUGUACUUAUGCUUUUGCAAAUGAAAAUCUUCCAACUGCACUUGUUGGGGGUCCAACAGCAUUUGUUUUCUGGUAUGAUUUGGCGAUUUAUGCUGGUACUGGUCAAAUGGUUUAUUAUUCAACCAGUGGAAUAGCACCUAAUCGAAUAACAGGUUUUGAAUUCUAUACAAGUAGUUCUGCUUACCCAUCAAAUUAUUAUCAUUUUCUAAUACUAUUUUAUGAAAACUUACCAAAUAUUGUUGAAUAUGUUUAUUUGGAAGUAUCUGAUGGAGGUAAUUUCGCAACUAUUGGUGUACAACAAUCAUCAUCAGGACCAAGCAUGACUUAUUCAGUAGAUCAAGCAUUUGCAGUGGCAUAUAAUACAACACUUCAGUUCGAUACAAAUGCGGAUGGAUGUGUUGUUCAAAUACAAAAUUUAUCAAAUCAAGAUUUUUGUCCAUCUGGUGAAAUACUAUCGAACUCUAUUUCAAGGAUUGAUUCAAUAACACUGACAUUGUUGGUUUUAUUCAUACUCAUCAUUGCUUAUUAUAUUUACAAUUUGCGCAGGAAUAAUAUAUUUCGUCGUCUUGGAAUGCCUGGCCCAGAACCCAUUCCAUUUAUUGGCGAGGCUUAUAAUAUUAUACGCAAGGGUCUUAUUCAAAAUGACAUAGAUCUUGUUCAAAAAUACGGCAAAAUUAUUGGAAUUGUCGGAGGAAAAAAUCCAAAUAUUCUUCUCUCUGAUCCGGAUCUUCUUCGAAAUGUUCUCAUUAAAGAUUCAAACAUGUUUAUCAACCGAAGAGCUUUCGAAGGUAUAUCAGGUCCUUUGGAUCAUGGUCUUCUAGCAUUGAAAGAUGAACAAUGGAAAAAUGCUCGAUCUAUUGUUUCACCAACAUUCUCUACAGCAAAACUCAAAGCAAUGUAUAGUCUUAUGAAUGAAAUUAGUGACACAUAUUGUAAACGUUUUCUUGAAUAUGCUGAUAAACAAGAAAUAAUUGAUAUGAAAGCAUUAAAUAGUCUAUUUACUCUUGAUAAUAUUGCUUCUUGUCUAUUUGGAGUUGAAACAAAUUCUUUACAGAAUGAAAAUGUUACUUUAAUUAAUUAUUUAAAAAAAUUUUUCAAUCGAGGUCUAUCCAAUAUAAUUCUCAUUAUAUAUUUUAUUUCACCGCGAUUGGCGAUGUAUUUUGGAAAGAAAGGUUAUUCAAUGUUCCCUAAAGAUGCUGUUGAUUAUACAACUAAUCUUCUCAAUCAAAUAUUAGCACGACGUCGACAACAUUUAGAAAGACGAAAUGAUUUUAUUCAAAUGAUGAUUGAUCAUGAAGAAGAAGUUAAUCAUGAAGAGAAUCAAACAAAUCAACAAACAGAUAAAAAAGAACAACAACAACAACAACAAUGGGGAACACUUAAAAAAACUUUGAAUGAUAAAGAAAUACUUAGCCAGGCAGUUGUAUUUUUACUUGCUGGUUAUGAAACAACAAGUAUAUUAAUGUCAUGCUUUUUCUAUAUUAUGGCAACAGAACCAGUCAUUCAAGAAAAGGUUUAUGAGGAAAUUCGACAAGAAAUUGGAGAUGAUGAAGUUACUCAUGAAAAACUCAAUCAACUUCAAUAUUUAGAUAUGGUUAUUAGUGAAACACUUCGUAGAUAUCCACCAGGUAUCAGAUUUGAUCGUAUUGCGGCAUGUGAUUAUCAACUUGGUGAUUAUCAGAUACCAAAAGGUACUAUUGUCAAUGUAUCUGUUUAUCCUAUUCAUCAUGAUCCUGAUGUUUGGCCUGAUCCAGAAAAAUUCAUACCUGAAAGAUUUUUACCAAGUGAAAAAGCUAAACGUCAUCCGAUGACAUAUCUUCCUUUUGGCGAUGGGCCUCGGAAUUGUAUUGGAAUGCGAUUUGCAUUAUUAGAGGCUAAACUUGGAAUAGUCAAAGCACUUCGUGCUGUGGAGUUUCAAAAAUGUGAAAAAACAGCAGUUCCAUUACAAUUAGGAAAGUUUGAAAUCAUAAAUACCAAAAUUGGUGUUUGGCUACGUGUUGUUCGUCGAUCACAAUGA